CUGGGACUGAGAGGCUGUGUCUGCGGCCUGCGGGGUUGGAAAUCCGAGCGGUGCGAGCCGGCGGGAAAGUCCGGGGGCAGGAACCCCCGGGCCUGCGGAGGUUCCCGGGUCGGGCUGUGGGCACUGCGGUGGAGUGAGCGGGAAGAUGCCGUACCUCGGCUCCGAGGACGUGGUGAAGGAGCUGAAGAAGGCUCUGUGUAACCCUCACGUGCAGGCGGACAGGCUGCGCUACCGGAAUGUCAUCCAGCGCGUGAUUAGGCACAUGACUCAGGGCGUGGACAUGUCUGGUGUUUUCAUGGAAAUGGUGAAGGCCAGUGCCACCGUAGAUAUUGUUCAGAAGAAGUUGGUUUAUCUCUACAUGUGCACAUAUGCUCCCCUGAAGCCAGAUCUGGCUCUCCUGGCCAUCAACACACUGUGCAAAGACUGUUCAGACCCCAACCCGAUGGUGCGAGGGCUGGCACUACGGAGCAUGUGUAGCCUCAGGAUGCCUGGUGUACAGGAGUAUAUCCAACAGCCUAUUCUCAACGGUCUGCGGGAUAAGGCUUCAUACGUCAGGAGGGUGGCAGUCCUUGGCUGUGCCAAGAUGCAUAAUCUUCAUGAAGACUCUGAAGUGGAUGGUGCCCUGGUAAAUGAAUUAUACAGUUUGCUACGUGACCAGGAUCCAAUUGUGGUGGUGAACUGCUUGAGGGCUCUAGAGGAAAUUCUGAAACAGGAAGGAGGUGUUGUCAUCAAUAAGCCCAUCGCCCACCAUCUCUUAAAUCGAAUGUCCAAAUUGGACCAAUGGGGCCAGGCCGAGGUAUUGAACUUCCUGCUACGCUACCAACCCCGCAGUGAGGAGGAGCUGUUUGACAUUCUCAAUCUGUUGGACAGCUUUCUCAAGAGUAGUAGCCCAAGCGUGGUGAUGGGAGCCGCCAAACUCUUUCUGAUCUUGGCAGAAAAAUUCCCCCACGUGCAAACGGAUGUGCUCAUGCAAGUGAAGGGACCUUUACUGGCUGCCUGCUCUUCGGAGAGCCGCGAGCUCUGUUUUGCUGCCCUCUGUCAUGUGCGCCAGAUCUUGCAUAGUUUGCCAGGUCAUUUUAGCAGCCACUACAAAAAGUUCUUUUGCUCCUACUCGGAGCCCCACUAUAUCAAGCUGCAGAAGGUGGAGGUGCUGUGUGAGCUGGUGAACGACGAGAACGUGCAGCAGGUGCUAGAGGAGCUGCGAGGGUACUGCACUGACGUGUCUGCGGACUUUGCACAGGCUGCCAUCUUUGCCAUAGGUGGUAUUGCCAGGACCUACACAGAUCAGUGUGUGCAGAUUCUAACAGAGUUGCUGGAGCUUCGACAAGAGCACAUUACCACAGUGGUGGUGCAGACUUUCCGAGACCUGGUGUGGCUGUGUCCUCAGUGUACGGAAGCUGUGUGCCAGGCGCUGCCCGGCUGUGAGGAGAACAUUCAGGACAGCGAGGGGAAGCAGGCGCUCAUUUGGCUACUUGGUGUCCAUGGGGAAAGAAUUCCCAAUGCUCCUUACGUGUUGGAAGACUUCGUAGAGAACGUGAAGGCAGAGACGUUUCCAGCUGUUAAGAUGGAGCUCCUCACGGCGCUGCUGCGUCUUUUCCUCUCGCGGCCCGCUGAGUGCCAGGACAUGCUGGGCCGUUUGCUGCAUUACUGCAUAGAGGAAGAAAAGGAUAUGGCAGUACGGGACCGUGGUCUCUUCUAUUAUCGCCUCCUCUUGGCUGGCAUUGAUGAAGUUAAGCGGAUCCUAUGUAGCCCUAAAUCUGACCCUUCUCUUGGACUUUUGGAGGAUCAGGCAGAAAGACCUGUGAAUAGCUGGGCCUCGGACUUCAACACGCUGGUGCCAGUAUAUGGCAAAGCCCGCUGGGCAACCAUCUCUAAAUGCCAAGGGACAGAGCGUCGUGGCCUAGAGCUUCCCAACACUGCAUCCUUUGCCGCAUCAGGACCCCUGAUUCCUGAAGAGGACAAGGAGAGGGUGCAAGAAAUCUCUGAUUCUGGAGCCCUCAUGCUAGUCCCCAAUCUCCAGCUUACUGCUGAGUAUUUUGAGAAAACCUGGCUUAGUCUCCAAGUUGCUCAUCAGCAGGUGUUCCCCUGGCAGGGAGCAGUCCACCCGGACACCCUCCAGAUGGCUCUGCAAGUGGUGAACAUCCAGACCAUCGCAGUGAGCAGGGCUGGGGCUCAGCCAUGGAAAGCCUACCUCAGUGCUCAGGACGAUACCGGCUGUCUGUUCUUAACAGAGCUGCUGUUGGAGCCUGGGAACUUAGAGAUGCAGAUCUCCGUGAAACAAAGUGAGGCGAGGCCGGAGACACUGAGCAGUUUCAUUUCUGUGUUAGAAACUGUGAUUGGAACAGUUGGAGACAUAAAACCCUGCUUGUAAGUCCAGAGAAUAUCAAAUGCAAAGGAGAUUAGGAAAUCUAGGAAUCAGGAUUUUUAUGUUUUUGUCCAAAGACCAUCAAAUUAUUCCUCUCAGACCUACUGUUGAACAACCCCAUUUUUCCAGGUGCUGUUGUAAAGGUUAGUGGUGGUGAGGGGAUGGGAAUGGGAGUCAGCAUAGGGUGUGGAUUCUUUUUUAACCAGUUUAAGGUUGUUUUACUAAUUAAAGGCGCCUGAUGUGUGUGGAAACUGGAGUCAUCAUUGGUGGGCAUCAUUUUCUCU